GCAGGGCGCGCGGCGGCAGGAUGUGUGACCGGAAUGGAGGCCGGCGGCUUCGGCAGUGGCUGAUUGAGCAAAUUGACAGCAACAUGUACCCAGGGCUGAUUUGGGAAAACGACGAGAAGAGCAUGUUCCGGAUCCCUUGGAAACACGCCGGCAAACAAGAUUAUAAUCAGGAAGUAGACGCCUCCAUUUUCAAGGCCUGGGCAGUUUUUAAAGGGAAAUUUAAGGAAGGGGACAAAGCUGAACCCGCCACAUGGAAGACAAGGCUACGCUGUGCUUUGAACAAGAGUCCAGAUUUUGAGGAAGUAACAGACCGGUCCCAGCUGGACAUUUCCGAGCCAUACAAAGUUUACCGCAUCGUCCCAGAAGAGGAGCAAAAAUGCAAACUAGGCGUGCCGACUCCUGGCUGUGUGAAUGAAGUCCCCGAGAUGGAGUGCGGUCACUCCGAAAUUGACGAGCUCAUUAAGGAGCCUUCUGUGGACGAGUACAUGGGGAUAGUCAAAAGGAGCCCUUCCCCACCCGAGGCCUGCAGGAGUCAGCUCCUCCCAGACUGGUGGGUGCAGCAGCCCAGCGCAGGCUUGCCGCUGGUGACAGGGUACAGCACCUAUGACGCGCACCAUUCAGCCUUCUCCCAGAUGGUCAUCAGCUUCUACUACGGGGGCAAGCUGGUGGGCCAGACCACCACCACCUGCCCGGAGGGCUGCCGCCUGUCCCUGAGCCAGCCGGGCCUGCCCAGCGCCAAGCUGUAUGGGCCCGAGGGCCUGGAGCUGGUGCGCUUCCCGCCUGCAGACACCAUCCCCAGCGAGCGGCAGAGGCAGGUGACGCGGAAGCUGUUUGGGCACCUGGAGCGCGGCGUGCUGCUGCACAGUAACCGGCAGGGUGUGCUGGUCAAGCGGCUGUGCCAGGGCCGCGUGUUCUACAGCGGCAACGCCGUGCUGUGCAAGGACAGGCCCAACAAGCUGGAGCGCGACGAGGUGGUCAAGGUCUUCGACACCUGUCAGUUCUUUCGAGAGCUGCAGCACUUCUAUAACAACCAGAGCCGGCUUCCCGACAGCAGGGUGGUGCUGUGCUUCGGAGAAGAGUUUCCAGAUAUGACCCCCUUGCGCUCCAAACUCAUUCUUGUGCAGAUUGAACAACUCUACGUCCGGCAGCUGGUAGAAGAAGCUGGGAAGAGCUGUGCUGCUGGGUCCAUGAUGCAGGCCCCUGAGGAACCCCAGCCAGACCAGGUCUUCCGGAUGUUUCCAGAUAUUUGUGCCUCCCACCAGAGACCCUUUUUCAGAGAAAACCAACAGAUCACAGUUUAAGCCUCUCUUGGGCACCCCGCCCCGUCCACAUCUCAUGUUUCAUUAUUACAAUUACUGUUGUAAUUAUUUAAGGAUAUAGAUCCCUCUGACCUGGGGUGGGACUCCUCACUCUGCUCUUAAUUUAGUAAGGGCAUUCUCCGAGGACUCGUUAAUGAGACUAAUUAAAUCAUUUUCUCUAUUUUCCCCUAAUUAUCAUUAGUUGCUAUGAUUCUUCAGCAUUUUGGAUAAUUGAGAUUUCCAAAGACUUCUAUUCAAUUUGACUAGCACUUAGUUGCUUCCAGGAAAGAAAUUUGGAUAAGAUCCACUUGGGAGUACAACAGUGCUUUUGGUCUUUAUCUUGUUAUAGCUGUAGAUAUAUGAUUUCAUAUGCUUGAUUCAGGGUUUAAUACCAACCUUCCUUUAAUAAGGGAAAGCAAAGCUUUUGGCUUGUUUGACGAAUGUAUAUUCUCCCCAGAAUUUGGUGCUAGGAAGGCAUUUCCAUUACCAGAUAAAAUAGUGUGUUUUUAUCUUCAUACAAUUAAAGUUUUCCCUUUGGCGCUUUGCAGCAGAAGCUUAGAAUUAAAUUUAUUUUUUCAUUUCUGUAAUUAGGUUAUCCCAGAUCCUUCUCCGUUUUCUUCUUUCUAAAUGGCUUUAAAAUUAUUUUAAAACCAUUGUCCAUUG